AGAGAAACAUAGUGGAGCAGGUCAUUGAUACAGAUGCAGGUCAUAAAUUGAACUCUAAUUUCACUGAAUGUAAUCCUUUUGCAUGUGAAUGUGAUUUAGCAUGGACAUCUAUUGAGCAGAGGACUAAUAGCAGAGUGCACAUAGUAUCCUUUCUUGGGUACUUAACUUCACAAAGUACACAAAGUUGGCUAACAUAUACUUGCCUCAGAAGGUUACAUGUUUUCUGACUUCUUUACCUUGGUGAAUGCUGCUUUGGACACAGGUCCCUCUACAUCUGUGGAAUUCUCUGGGAUGGCAGUUCAGGGGACAUCUCACCAGGGACAAUCUAAUAAAAAGAUCCGAAGUGAGUGUGUCUCCAGGGCCUGUCAGACCAGGGCUCUUGACCUCCCGCCAAUCAAUCCGGAUGCUUUCAACCCGAUUAUCAUCCGGUUUCUGGAAAAACUUACUGAGGAGCAAUGGAGGCAGUUAAGCAUUGGCAGGAUGGACCCUGUGAUGAGGGCAUUGCUUGCAGAGAUGUGCCUGGAGAUUGUACGGUUUGUAUCUGAGGUCAUCCUGGAGGUCAUCAUCCCUGCAAUUUUCCAUUUUGUACGGAUAUACAGCCAUGUGUCUCCAGUAUCCGGCAAGUCUCUGACAGAAUCAGAGAGAUCUUCUAGCACAAACCUGAAGGUUCGCAAGAGAGGCAGCAGCAAAUCCUCAAGGUCUUGCACGGCCAAAUCAAGCUCCUCUCGUAAUGGGUCUCAGACAGUGUUGCCAAAUACUCAGGGAGAUGGUGAGUCUAUAUCAUCUGAGCCACUCAGUGACUUUUUUGUGAUUACUGAGGACAGUCUCCUGGCUAGUUUCCAGGAUUCCUUCAAAGAGUCGCUGAACAAUGUCCUCUGUAUCCAAAGAGAGGGCCAGGUAGACACUCAAAGUCUAUCCCGGGUUAUUGUUGGAGAAGUGUCAAAGAAGGUCAAUUCCAUAAUCUCUGUGGCCAUCCAAACUCCCAUCUCUGGGCGAAUAUCCCCUGUCAUUUUUGCCAGUGGUGGUGUCUCCAGCACCAAGAUGGUUGAGGAGAUGGUGUCUGGUGUUUCCAACAUACUUCAGAUGUAUAUUAAUGGGAAGAGUGUUGAGCAGAGUGUUGUUCUCAGAGAGGAUGGUGUUGAGGUGGAUAUGACACAUUUAACAGGACAGGUCAUGACAGCACUCAGUGGCACUGUUUUGAACUUCAGCAAUAAGGAGGAAAAUGAUCCCAACAAGAGGGAACUGCUUUGUGUUGUUGCUGACCAUAUGAAGAUGUUUGAAUCUUGUAAAAGUUCUGAGGAGAUGCUAAAACAAGGAGAGAGCAACCUCAAUAUCAAAGGUGCCAAAUCUAGUCUUCGUCUGUCAACACAAAGUAUGGACAGACUACUCACUGAGGAGUUUCAGACCAAGGCCACUGAAUCGAUCCAACCCAAAGUGUACACAGAAGGUCAACAAGAAGACCCACUGCACUCCAACACCUUCCCAGAACCAGACCCCUGCUAUCAGUGAAACAGCAAUUGUCAAUGAUCAAGAAUCCUGCCGAACAGAGAGUGUAUGCUCCAUCAAGAAGAAACCAAGGAAGCGUUCACUCAUUUCCAGGAUGUUUUCAGCUAUAGGCAAAGCCUUGUCCAGUCCCUUUACUUCCUGCUAUAAAAGGAAGA